AUGCUAGUCACACGUUUGCAGACCCCCAUAAUAAAGCGGUCACUGCUUCCAAUUACAAGUCAUCUCGUAAAACGCUGUAUUCGCGCUUACAUCGCUCCUAAUCAUGGAAAUAUCAGGUCUUUAAUAGCACCCUGUAAGAGUUCAUUGCCUGUUAGAUGCUUGAUCGCCCAAAGAUACAUGCGGUCAUUUCCAACCAAUGAUAAGUUCACCACCAAGGCUUCCAAUAUUGAAACUAUUUUACUAAGAAAAAACAAUGAGCGAGAGUUCAAGCAAUCGCUUCUGGCAGACGCAAAGAAUUUUCAAGAAAGGUUCAAAAUCAAUUUAAAAUGGAUCCUUAUUAAAAACAACAGGCCGUUCUCUCUGAACGAGAUAAGUAUUAUAGCGUCUUGGCUGAUAUUGUCGCAAAUCCUAUGGCUCAUUCUGAGCACCACCACUUUCAUUUCGUUCUAUCUUUUCGUCGUUAACUCUAUUUUCAGUCAGGAAUACAUCUAUGAGAAGAAAAUUUAUGAAAGACUUCUAAAGUUUUUGUUGAAGGAUCAUAAGCGCUCUGAUCAAGAUUUGGAAAUCAGUUUUUCUCUAGAAGAUAAAGCGUCAACGCUCGUACUCUCUCCAGACUGGGAGUCAAACUCGAUACUCAUCAAAAGGUUAAACGUCAAGGAUGAAGAUUUAGACCUGGAUUUAAAAUUUCACCACAUCAACCUGAAUGUUUCUUUGAAAAACUGGCUACUUGGUAGGGGACUAAUUACAAACGUUUCCAUAUACGGUAUUAGAGGAUACUUGAAUUUGUCCAAUUUCAUUAAUUUGGUAAACUCCUUUCAGGGAGAUCAAAAAACUGAGAAUUUCUUGAAAACUUCAAAUAAUAUUGAAAUCACCGAUUCAGAAAUUUUUUUGAAACAAUCUCUGAGUGCAGAGGAAGCUCCAAAGUUGAAAUUUUCCAUUUACAAUCUAUCUUUGCCACAACUAAGACUGAACCAUUUUAUUUCUGAUAUUCUGAGUGCCAAAACAUUUUCCGGUUCAAUAAAUAACUCUCUUUUCAACUUAUUCAAGAGGCAACAAAAGUUAACAGCAGUUAUCGAAAAUAAUAACAAAAAUAGGAUGGCAACGUCGAAAUUUGAUUUUACGGAUAAUAAUCAGGAGAAUUACCGCACAGUGACUCAUCAGGAUGAUCCAAAUUACAUAACGACGUUAAGAUUGAACUUUAUCGACAUUAACGAUUUAAAAUUCAACGAUGACGGCAAAUUCAACUGGUUGAAAGACGGCCAAGUUGAAAUACUUGCUGACAUAAUGCUAACAAACUCUAAUUCUCAUCUGUCAUCGGAAUCUAAAUAUGCAGUGGUGGACUUGAAGGUAACUUGUAAGGACUUGAAAACGACUUUUCCCCAGGAGCCUCCAGUAUUAUCGACAGGCGACAGUAUCGUUUCGUUGGAUGAACUGAAACCCAUCAUAACGUUUAUCAAUUCAUAUGAAGGGAUGGCUAAUCCUAUAUUGAAGGAUUUCACAGAAAACGAAAGAUUGAAGAACUCAAUAAUCUGGAGCUCGCCCAAUGUCUCCAUCAAUAGGCAAAGGAAAUCUUAUCCUUUAACUACAAAAGUCACUUCCAAUUCCGCAAAGGAAAUCAUCAAGUUUCAUAAUCAACCAAACACUGAUGCAAACGAAAUUGUUUUACGUUGUAAGAUGGUCAAAAACUUGUCAGAUUUACAGCUGAUUAACAUUAACCAAAUAUUAGACCAAAUUACCAUGGAACUAUAUGUUGAUUUAACCAAAAUAGUUGAAGAUUGGGAGUUUAAAAAUAAAAAUGAUUGGAUGAAACAAUGGGGCACCACAUUUGCAUCCCAAUUAUUGUUGUUUGGGUUCGGUGCCAUGGUUUGA